AUCGUCGACCUUAUCUCUAAAAGCUUUUCAUCUGGUGUAUGCCCUCUAUGGCUGUUCCACUCUCUAUCUCAACAAAUCUUCCCAUCUCCCGCCAAUGUCACCGCCCCUGCUUCCCUUCCACUUCAUUUAAGGGAAAUGUAAGCGUCUUAUUAGGAGCAAACCCACGUCAGAUUCUUUCUCUGAAACUCCACCACAAGCGUCGAACGGGACCCCUUGUUGUGUUCAACCAAACGUCGUCGUCUUCUCCUUCUUCUUCUCCAGCAGCUUCAGAGAGGUUCCGUCUGGAUAAUUUGGGACCACAGCCUGGUUCGAGGAAGAGGGCGAAGAGAAAAGGUAGAGGUAUCUCUGCAGGACAAGGAGCGAGCUGUGGUUUCGGGAUGAGAGGUCAGAAGUCACGAUCUGGUCCUGGAAUCAUGAGAGGUUUUGAAGGUGGUCAAACCGCUCUUUAUCGCCGUCUCCCCAAACUUAGAGGAAUCGCCGGAGGUAUGCGUGCAGGACUGCCUAAGUACGUACCAGUUAAUCUCAAAGACAUUGAAACAGCUGGGUUUGAAGAUGGAGAUGAAGUGUCACUAGAGACGUUGAAGCUUAAGGGUUUGAUCAAUCCUUCUGGAAGGGAAAGGAAACUACCUCUUAAGAUUCUUGGUACUGGUGAACUAAGCGUGAAGCUCAACUUCAAAGCUCGUGCAUUCUCAACAUCAGCCAAAGAGAAGCUUGAAGCUUCAGGCUGUACACUCACAGUGCUCCCCGGAAGAAAGAAAUGGGUGAAGCCUUCAGUUGCAAAGAACCUUGCACGUGCCGAUGAAUACUUUGCAAAGAAGAGAGCUGAAGCAGCAGCUUCUUCUUCAGAACCAGCUACUUCUGCUUAAACUUUUCAUUUUCAAGCUUUUCAAUGUUGUAAAGAUUUUGUAAAACGGUAAAAAUUAUUAUUGAACAUUUUGUUUCUAAAUUAGAAAAAAAAAGAAACUUUUUUCUCAAUC